AUGAAUACGCAACGGAAAUCGAGAGCAAGGUCUCAAAAAUCGGUUCUAUCUGCAGCACAUUCCAACGAGGAAUCCCUCAUGAUUGUACCGGCAGCGGGAAAUACGAAAACAGUUUCUACAAGAAAAUCUUCACGAAAUAUUACCCUCAAAGACAAUGAUUCCACCACCGAAAAAGUAGCAUUCAAGCCUGGAAAGUGGCGUAAAUCGAUGUCUUUGCUAAGAUCUUCUAUAUGUCGCCGGGAUGGAUAUGGAUCCUGUCCGAUUGCGGGCGAGCGUCGCAUAACGAUGUACCAAGUGCCACAAUCAACCGAUGAGCAUCGUUCGUCGGAGGUUUCACAUGAUGUUUCAAUUUAUCAGUUUGUGGCACCACUCACAUGGAAAGCUGUAGCCGAUCUCCGGUACUUGUGCCCGAAAAGUCCAAAGAAUGAAAUUCUAGCACGCUGUGGACAACAGGAACCGAUCAGCUUCGAAAAGGCGCUUGCCAAUUUGGAUGUGGUUGUGGAACGUAAGAUCGGCGAAGGAGUGUACGGCGAGGUGUAUCUCUGCACUAAACCGAGUGGCGUACAGUCGGUUCUUAAGCUGAUUCCUAUUGCCGGUAGUCUUCUGAUUAACGGGGAAAAGCAAAAAACGUAUGAGGAAAUUCUCUCGGAAGUGAUCAUUUCAGCAGAACUGAGCAGUUUAAGGCAGCAUAAUGUACAAUUUAGUACCGAUGGGUUCGUGGAGCUGCGUAGUGUUAGCUGUCUGGUUGGCAAAUAUCCAGAACGACUGGUUGAGCUGUGGGAAGAAUACGAUGAAAAGCACGGUUCGGAAAACGAUCGUCCGUCGGAGUUUCCGGAUGAUCAGCAUUACAUAGCCUUCGAAACAGCAUUCGGAGGCAGCGAUCUGGAUGGAUUUCGGUUCAAAAACGCACAGCAAGCGUUCGCAAUAUACGCACAGAUUGUACUAAUGCUAGCUGUGGCAGAAAAACGGUACGAUUUUGAACACCGAGACCUUCACACAGGGAACAUCUUGAUAGAAACCACCAAGGAACCGGAACGGACAUACUACCUUCUUGGGGAAGAAAUUAUAAUACAAACGCACGGGCUUAAAGCAACCAUCAUCGAUUACACCCUGUCCCGCAUUAUUUACAAUGGGCUGUGUCUGUUCAACGAUCUGUCCACCGAUGAAGAACUGUUCACCGCGGAAGGCGAUUAUCAGUUUGAAAUCUAUCGGAACAUGAAAGCGGCCCUACACAAUCAGUGGAACUUACACUCACCGAAAACGAAUGUUUAUUGGUUGCACUAUCUGCUCGACAAGCUUACAUCGAUGCGAAAGUUUCGGGAGAAAACCAGUAAAGCGCACAAAACGGCAAUGAAAACGAUGAAGGAACUGAAGGAAGUACUGCCACGAUUCAGCAGUGUGCAUGAAAUAGUGUGCCACUAUUUCGUACCACAUUUGGACGAAAAUAAUAAGGAAAAUUAA